CUCUGCUCUUCCGACCUGUCUGUGUGUUCGGCAUUCUCACGUUUUAAUUUCCAGGAUUUGAACUCGCUGCCAUGUCUUCUGAAGAAGGAAAGCUUUUCGUAGGGGGGCUCAACUUUAACACCGAUGAGCAGGCACUGGAAGACCACUUUAGCAGCUUCGGGCCUAUCUCUGAGGUGGUUGUUGUCAAGGACCGGGAGACUCAGCGGUCCAGGGGUUUUGGUUUCAUCACCUUCACCAACCCAGAGCAUGCUUCAGUUGCCAUGAGAGCCAUGAACGGAGAGUCCCUGGAUGGUCGUCAGAUCCGUGUGGAUCACGCAGGCAAGUCUGCUCGGGGAACUAGAGGAGGUGCCUUUGGGGCCCAUGGACGUGGUCGCAGCUACUCUAGAGGUGGUGGGGACCAGGGCUAUGGGAGUGGCAGGUAUUAUGACCGUCGACCUGGAGGGUAUGGAUAUGGAUAUGGACGUUCCAGUUCCAGAGACUAUAAUGGCAGAAACCAGGGUGGUUAUGACCGCUACUCAGGAGGAAAUUACAGAGACAAUUAUGACAACUGAAGUGAGACAUGCACAUAAUAUAGAUGCACAAGGAAUAAUUUUUGAUCCAGGAUCGUUCUUCCAAAUGGCUGUAUUUAUAAAGGUUUUUGGAGCUACACUGAAACAUCUUAUUUUACAGUAUAUCAACCGGUUUUUAAAUUGAGCUGCCAAGGUAGCCAAACACCUGUCUAAUUAGACACCUCUAUCUUUUAAAAAGAAAAAAAUGUUCUGCCUGUUUAAAAUUACAUUUGUAGUAUUUUUCUUUUUACCAGUUUUUUAGUUUGAGCUCUCAGAAUUAUUGGAUCUAGCAAUAACUGGCAAGUUGGGCCAGAUUGAUUUCAAAAAAAUUAAUAUGUAUCCAGGGACAUUUUAAAAACCUGUACACAGUGUUUAUUGUGGUUAGGAAGCAAUUUCCAAAUGUACCUAUAAGAAAUGUGCAUCAAGCCAGCCUGACCAACAUGGCAAAACCCUGUUUCUACUAAAAAUAUAAAAAUUAGCUGGGUGUGGUGGUGCACGCCUGUAAUCCCAGCUACUCAGGGGGCUGAGGCAGGAGAAUCACUUGGAUCCAGGUGGCAGAGGUUGCA